GCUUCCGUGCCUAAACCAUGAAAGGAAGCAAGUGCUUCUUCCUCUAUGCCGCCUUCUUCUUGCCUUUUGUCAUCAUAGUCAGUGCAGCGCAUUCUUGUGAAUACCCAAAACCAGGUGGUAAUCACUUGCAGAAGCUCUUUGUCUUCGGUGACUCCUUUGUCGACAAUGGAAAUCUCGGCAAGAUUGGCAAGUUAGCGAGAAGCUGGACUUAUCCUUAUGGAAUUACAUUCCCUCAUCACCCUACCGGCCGCUUCUCCGACGGAAGAGUCCUUUCCGACUUCAUAGCUUCCUUCAUGAGAAUCAGAUCUCCCAUACCUUACAAGUAUAGAAAAUUUGGGUUCAAACUGCUCCACUAUGGAAUGAACUUUGCAGUUGGAGGUACUGGUGUGUUUGAUACUGGAGACUUUCAGAGGAAUCUCACUGUCCAGAUAGAUGUCUUUGAGAGACAGAUCAAGAACGGCAUCUUCUCACUUUGUGAUCUUGAUUCUUCUAUUGCAUUGGUUGCUGUUUCUGGCAAUGACUAUGGAACCUAUCAAUCUUCUGGUCACCCUUUCAAUGAAAUAUCAACAUUCAUGAAUUCAUUGAUGAGUCAGCUGAAAGUUGAUCUGAAGAGAAUUCAUGAUCUUGGGGUUAGGAAAGUGGUGGUGACAAACUUGCAUCCUUUGGGAUGCACACCCAUGAUAGCCAGGGUAUCUAAUUACUCAAGUUGCAACUCUACCAUCAAUUUGGCUGUGCAGCUACACAACCAAAAGCUUGAUGCUGCUGUGAAGGAGCUGCUCAUUGAAACCAGGAGCUAUGACACUUUCAUGUCUCUUGAUGUACACGGAGCUUUUUGGUCCAUUCUUGCGCAAGGAACAGAGAAGUUCAAGAAUGGCCUCAAGCCGUGCUGUGAAGGUGACACAAAUGCCAUAAAUUGUGGAGAAGUAGAUGACAAGGGAGUAAAACUCUACAAGCUGUGUAGUGACCCUCAAGAUUAUUUCUACUGGGAUUCGGUGCAUCCGACUCAAGCUGGUUGGACUGCUGUUUAUCAGACUCUCAAGCCAUCACUUUCUAAGAUUUUCAAGUAGUUUCAUGUUUGCAUAUCUCUAGUUUUUGAUAGGAAGCUUUUGGUUGCAACUACUAAGGAAAAAUAAUGUGUACCUCCAAUUAUCUUUGUAAGCUUAGUUUGUUGUAAUA